UUUACUCUCUUUCAGAUUCUCAGUUAAUCAAAGUUAGCGAUCUUCCAUGAACUUCUGCAUGUGCGGCUGGUGUUUUUUGGUGUUAGUUGUGGAUUUGUUGCCAACAUGGUCGGUCUGUGGUGUAGCGGAUGGUUGGUAUUAUUUGCAUCCGCCGUCUUGUUGAUACAAUCUUCCGCCCAACGAUGUGGCCAGGUGCAGGUGAUGAAACAGGGACUCAUUUUUGGUGGUGCUGCAUCCAAGCCGGGCAUGUGGCCAUGGCACAUAGCACUGUAUCAUUAUGAAUUCCUCGGUACAAAGUCGUACAAAUGUGGCGGCACGAUCAUAAACCGCGAAACUAUUCUUACUGCGUAUCACUGUGUGGUGGAAAAUAAUCGACUGAUCGCAGCGGAUCGUCUCGUAGCCCUAGCGGGAUUGUUUGAUCUGGAUAUAGGUGGCGAUACCCUUCAGGAGAAUCAAGUGUUUGACAUUAUCUUCCCACCCGGAGCAAGUGCGCGUACGUUCGAUGACGACAUAGCGAUACUGAAGAUGAAAUCACAGUUCGCUUACGGCGACUACGUACAGCCUAUCUGCAUACGAUCGGUACCGCAGGACAUUGGCCAAUUAGUAGGUGUAUUCGGGACCGUGGUUGGAUGGGGUUAUACGGAGCAUAAAACCACUUCUGCCGUGUUACGUCAAGCCAACAUACCGGUGGUGAGUGCGGAUGAUUGUUUGAAGAGCGAUCGUAACCUCUACAGCCAGGUUUUGACGACGAAAGUGUACUGCGCUGGGAGCCGCAAUGGUACCUCCAGCUGUAAUGGUGACAGCGGUGGUGGCAUGUUCUUUCGAAUGGGUGGCUACUGGUUUUUGCGCGGCUUAACAUCGUUUUCCUCGCAGAACGAGACCGAGAUUGGAAUCUGUAAUUCGUACGGUUACGUUGUGUAUACCGAUGUGGCGAAAUAUCUCGAUUGGAUGAGUGAUAAGGGCGUACGAUUUGAUGAUCCGCUGCAUAGCCAACCUGUUCCGACACCGACAAGCAGACCUGUUCCGAGCGAUGGUAGCACAACGUUGCUACGGCUAUCGGUUGACCCCAAGACGAAAAAGUUCUUGGAGCAGCACAAGGGUAACGUGCUACUGAGGGUUCAACUGAAUGGCAGAAAGGUGGAGAGUUUAUUCCAAUAGUUUUUCGGGUUUUUCAUUUCUUCAAAGUUUUCAUCGUGUUUAAAGUAUUUGAGUUUUAUUUUUGCCAAUGGUUGUCCAGAAACCAUUCGAAUCGUACUUAUCUGCGGUGUGUGACGGUGUUAAGACUCUUAAAGAAGCGACAUGAAAUCUAUCUCCUUGCCUGUACUUAUCUUCCUGCUAACUGGUGCAACGGUUGUCUUCAGCUCCAGCCAAUAUCGUAAUUCUUUCGAAGCGGCACAAGGUUGCCUACAGUAUGACAACGUUCCCGACUAUAAUGCAACAUUAGAAUAUUUUGCGCUGGACAAUUUUAGACACGUUGGCAGUACGGAAACCUCAAAGUAUAUUCGAGUGGGGAUGGUUGGACUCACCGAUGGUACAAUACGCUACGGAAAUGUUCCUUAUCCCUAUGAAGAGAGUGUCGUCGAAAUUUUUCUUGCCGGAUUAACAGACCAAAAGUCGGAGAUAAAUCGUCAAAUACGUACCGGUACCCCUGACUACAUAAACACCCAAGUAAAGGCCCAGUCGACUCCAAACAUCAUGUCCAAAACGCGUCCUUUUAUGUUCCGUUUAGAGGUAUUUGAUAAUGGUAACGUUAAAUUGACGAAAGAUGGCCAGAAGAAACCGUUCAUGGAGUUCAUUGAUAGUUACAAGUUACAAUUGGAUUACAUAGCAUUUUCUAAGUGGCAACAGGAUGUUUUCUAUUACUAUGACUGUCCAUUAAAUACUGAUUCCAAUAGCAUUGACGACACGGUACUGCUUAAGUGUAAAUUGGCUUAACUUAGGGCGAAACAUUAUUAGGAAUUGCUUGAAUACAACCUGCUACACAUCUAUCACAUUAUAAACGAUUGAAAAUUUCUUAGAUAACAUAAAAAGCUUCAAACUUCUUAAAAAUUAGUUUCAUUUGCAUGCGUGGAUGAUUCUCAACAAUAAAUAAAAUUAAAAUAACUUUAGUAACUUGAGAUAAACAUAUGUAGACGGGUAUUGUAAAAAUAUGCGAAGUGAUAAUAAUUUUCAUAAUUUUGGAUUAGUACGAUUCAAAAACCGUGAAAAAUCAACGAAUAAAAUAACAGUUUAAAACGAACAGCAGCACGAAUGAUAUCAAAACCGUUCUUUAUCCUUGUGCUUAUGUCAUCAAAUUUACCAUCGAGUGUCACUUUUGAGUGGUACAUUAGGUGAGGUAGUUAAAGGGUCUCAAAAUCCCUCCUUCUUGCAAAGUACUUGUACGAUGUCAUCCCCUUAGUCGAUCCUCAAACACGCAAAGAUCGUCGUAGAGCGAUUAGCAAUUGGAUCAUGGAAGUAUGAGGCCAUUGGACGCUCGGAAUUCUGUUUGAUUGUUAGAUUCUUGUGCUUGGUUCUAUCGAUUUUAUCAUUUCACCGGUAUCGAUCGACCCCGAGAAGGAAGAGUUCUUGCAGCAGCACACAAG